GGAGAGGGGGGUGGUGUAAAGUGGGUGCAGGGCGGACGUUCCGUCGGGUUUGACUGUCCCCCCCAGGCUCCCGUUUCUUGGUAACCAUGGCGGCGGCUGCCACCGAGACCCUGAAUUUCAAUGUCGGGGUGCUGGGUCACAUCGACAGCGGCAAGACGGCGCUGGCUCGGGCCCUGAGCACCACGGCCUCCACCGCGGCCUUCGACAAGAAUCCUCAGAGCCGGGAGAGGGGCAUCACCCUGGACCUGGGCUUCUCCUCCUUCUGCCUGCCCGUCCCGGAGCACCUCAGGCCGCACGGAGACUACACCAGGCUGCAGGUGACACUGGUGGACUGCCCCGGGCAUGCCUCCCUCAUCAGGACCAUCAUUGGAGGUUCCCAGAUCAUUGAUCUGAUGAUGCUGGUAAUUGAUGUGACAAAGGGCAUGCAGACACAGUCUGCGGAAUGUCUGGUGAUUGGUGAAAUUACGUGUCCCCGGAUGGUGGUGAUCCUGAACAAGAUCGAUCUCCUACCAGAGGCAAAGAAACAAGCAGCGAUUGACAGAAUGACGAAGAAAAUGCAGAAGACGUUGGAGAAUACAAGGUUUAACGGAUGCCCCAUCAUUCCUGUUGCUGCCAAGCCUGGAGGACCCGAUGCCCCAGAGACAGAAACUCCGCAGGGUAUUUCAGAACUUAUUGAGCUCCUGAUAUCACAGACAUACAUGCCAAAACGUGAUCCCUCUGGAACCUUCCUCAUGGCUGUGGACCACUGUUUCUUGAUCAAGGGUCAGGGCACAGUGAUGACGGGUACCAUCCUCUCUGGAUCUGUCAGUGUUAACGACAGUGUGGAGAUUCCGUCCCUUAAGGUUAACCGAAAGGUCAAGUCCAUGCAGAUGUUCCAUAAGCCAGUGAACACUGCCAUCCAAGGUGACCGAGUAGGGAUCUGUGUCACUCAGUUUGAUCCCAAACAGCUUGAGCGGGGCCUGGUCUGUGCCCCAGAGUCUCUGCGUACAUUAAAUGCCGCUAUUAUCUCCGUGAAGAAGAUUCCUUAUUUCAAAGGAUUAGUCCACACCAAAGCUAAGUUCCACAUCACUGUUGGCCAUGAAACGGUCAUGGGAAGGGUGACAUUCUUCAGUCCCGCCCCUGAGGAUUUUGAGAGCGAGCCUGUGAUGAAUUGCUUUGUCUUUGACAGAGAAUAUCUCUAUCAGGAAGAAUACCUAUUGCAAGCCAAGGGCAUUGGCGUUGAUAAAAGCUUGGCCAAUGACCAAGUUGAGGGAAGCCAGGUGCCCAGGCAGCAGUGGGCCCUGUUGGAGUUUGAGAAACCCGUGACGUGCCCCAGGCUGUGCCUCGUAAUCGGUUCCAAGCUGGAUACUGACAUCCACGCCAAUACCUGCAGGCUUGCUUUUCAUGGUGUCUUGCUGGAAGGUUUUGAGGAGAAAAACUACGCAGAGGUCUCUCUGCCCAAGCUUAAGGUCUUCAAGCUGAAACACAAAGAUGGGCAAGUGGAAAGGGUCUCAGAUGAUUAUAAUGUCAUCGGCCGCUCCCUGUUCAAGAAAGAGACGAACAUGCAGCUGUUUGUUGGGAUGAAGGUUAAACUCUCAACAGGAGAAGCUGGAGUGAUUGAAGGAGGCUUUGGGCAGAGUGGAAAAUUUAAAAUCAGAAUCCCAGAUGGACUUACCGCAGAAACCAAGCAGCAGCUCUCAGCAUCAAGCAAGAAAAAAUCGAAAGGAGGGAAGGGCGACAUGACAAAAACCGAUGAAGGGAAGAGUGAAACACACCCCAUAAUUAUCACCUUGGCCUUUAAGAGAUAUUUAUUUGACCCACAGAAGAAAAUGAUACAGUCUUAAAGUGUCCGGAGGUGGGACACAGUUUAAAACAAAAAAAUUCUCUCAAGUCUCCUUGCCUUAAAGCUUUUUAUUCUGGGGACGUUUUUUUUUUGUGUGGUUUCUGAAGGAAUAAAAUCAAAAUUAAUCUGAAA